AUGGCCGCUCCACAAGUUCACCACCUCUUCCACGCGCCCAUCUCCGACCACUCCUUCUCCGCCGACCGCCAAACCCUCGCAGUCACAAAGGACAACAACGUCGAGCUCUACUCCGCCCAAGGUAACAAAUUCCAGCUGCAAGAUGAGCUCCGCGGCCACGACAAGCUGAUCACUGGUGUCGACAUUGCCCCUCAGUCUGGUCGCAUCGUUACGUGCUCGCAGGAUCGCAACGCUUACGUGUGGGAGCCAUCACCGACUGGCGGAUGGAAGCCAACACUUGUGCUGCUCCGCAUCAACAGGGCCGCGACAUGUGUACGAUGGGCACCGAAUGAGGCCAAGUUCGCUGUUGGAAGCGGUGCUCGCAUUAUUGCAGUAUGCUACUUUGAGGAAGAGAACGAUUGGUGGGUCUCGAAGCACUUGAAGAAGCCACUGCGAUCUACAGUCACUUCUGUGGCGUGGCACCCGAACAGUGUUCUUCUUGCUGCUGGCAGUACAGAUGGACACGCGAGAGUGCUUAGCUCGUUCGUCAAGGGCACGGAUGAGAGACCAGAGGCCAGCGUCUGGGGAGAGAGGCUGCCUUUCAACACUGUCUGUGGAGAGUACUUGAACUCCACAGGGGGCUGGGUCCACAGUGUCGCUUUCUCGCCAUCUGGAGAUGCGCUGGCGUUCACAGCACAUGAUAGCUCGAUCACCGUCGUAUACCCGUCUGCACCGGAGCAACCACCACAGGCCGUCAUCUCUAUCUCCACCCAGCUUCUACCAUUUGCGGACCUUCUUUGGAUCAGCGAAAGCGAGAUCGUCUGCGCCGGCUACGACUGCGAGGUCUACAAGUUCGGUGGCUCGGUCUCUGGCUGGCAAUUGACUGGAUCACUCGAAGCCGAUGCAAAGGCCGGAUCUGGCGUUGCCAAGGAGGAAAGUGCCUUGAACAUGUUCCGCUCAAUGGAUCUGAAGGGUCGCAGCGGCGGUACUGUCGACGACACAAAGCUACGAACUGUCCAUCAGAACAGCAUCAACACUGUACGUCCAUACCAAGGUGGCGGUACCGGCCAGGUCGGCCAGAUCAGCACUAGCGGUGUCGAUGGACGUGUUGUGGUUUGGAAGCUGUAA